UGCCGGGCAUACACAUUUCCAACCCUCCCCAGUACGGGCCAGGGAAUAUGCAGGAAAUAGACGCUGGCAAAAUGGCGCACAACGGCAAGGCACUCACAGGGCGCUACAAUGCCACGCCCACCAAUGCCCCCUCCACCAUACGCCUUGGCACGCGUGAGCAGCACACGCAACUUCGAGCUCGAGAACCACACACCGCCGGCAUGUCCCGGCUCUGGACCCAUUGCCAUGACGAACGGCACCAUCCAGUUGCGCCUCCGCGAUGGCGUGCGCAUUGACAUGACUCUGGACAAGGCGGUGCGCGUGCUCAAUCAGCGCAGCAUGGUGGCAGUUGCUCUAUCACGCAACUGCAGCAACUCGGCUUUGAUCCACCCCAAUGGACGCAUCUUGCAGAGCGGCGCUAAAGUCGAAAUAGUCACCUACAACGGCAUGAAGGGCAAUAACUUUGUGUGA